GGUCCAUAAACGUGCAAAAAAAGAACUUGACCAACAUCCAGCCAUCUUGACCGAACAAGCUUGGUCAAUAACCCAAAUAUACAAUCAUCACGGCAUUAUGCGUUGGGCAGCCUGUGUGCAUUUUUCCGGCACACGGGCUCACUGCUCGUGAUAUUUUGGCCAGCGGAUGUUCUCACUAGUCUCAGUCUUCUCGCCAAACAUUUCGCAGAAAACUCGAAAACAUGGCGGAAUUGGCCAUGCUCAACUACAUGUAUCUUGAGAUCAGCUGCUUGUAAACUGAUUAAUUCUCGCGAUUGUCUACAGUGAAGAUGGCCAGAAAUGUGUUCUUAAAGCUGGGGGAGCUAAGGGAGGUUGCUCUACAGGCCAUCGAAAACACCGAAGGCAAAAAUAACACACCACCAGACGAUGGCGCUGAAAGCACCAACAAGUUUGUGUCGUCGAUUGUGAUUAAUCUCGCAGUAGCUGUCGUAGCACUGGGAUUAUUCUCUUUCUUACGGCCAAGACUAAAGCAAAUUUACUCUCCGCGCCAGCUUUUGCUGGAUGUGAUGUUCCCGCUGGGAAAGCUACCAAAUUCGUUCUUCGCGUGGAUAAUUCCCGCCUUCAUGGCAAACGACGAUGAUGUGUUCUACUAUGCUGGUAUCGAUGCUCUUGUUUACAUGCGUUUUUUACGACUCUGUGUGAAGAUAUCCCUGGUAAUCAUGCCGUAUGGAAUCGCUGUUCUUCUGCCCCUGAACUAUUUCGGCCAAGGAGAUUUACACGGCCUGGAUAGGAUUGCAAUGUCGAACGUUGCACCUCAGUCGUCGAAAUUUUGGGCACAUGUGAUAUCAGCAUGGUUUUACACAAUAAUUAUUUGUUAUCUUUUGUAUGAGGAAUGGAAGAUAUACAUAAUGUAUCGCCAGGAAUACCUGACUAAUGGAAGAGGGCACCAAUAUGCAGUGUUAAUCAGGGAUAUACCUGUGAAGUACCAAAAUGAACAGAGCAUGAAAAGUUAUGUUGAAGAACUUUUCCCAGACCAGGUAUGCAUAGGUUUGUUUUAAAGUUGUAUUUAAAAAAUUCCAAAUAGCACACAAUUUUAUCUACAU